GUCGUCUUUCCUUCCCUCGCACCACCACCUCACUACUGACACCAACGCCUUGAUGCGGAUUGCAUAACGACAACACCUUCCCCCGAUUGCCACCGCGGCACUUGCACCUGACGCGAGCGGGCAACAUGUUCAAGGCAUGUCUCUGGGGCCUCCUCCCGCUGGCGGCCUUCGUCUCGGCCUCGUACUAUGAUGAAGCCGAGGUGGAGUGGAAUCUCAAUGCCAACCCGAAUGCCCUCACCCCUCUCGAAUACACUGUGCCGGAUUGGCCGGCGGACUUUGAACAUCAAGGCAGUCCCGAGAACUGGCGCUUCCCCUUCUACAGCUUUUUCCUCGAUCGAUUCGUCAAUGGCGAUCCCACCAACGACAAUGCCAACGGCACCACCUGGGAGCAGGACUACCGACAGACUCAGCUCCGACACGGCGGAGACAUCCAAGGUGUCGCCGACUCACUCGACUAUCUGCAUGGCCUGGGAAUCCGCGGACUGUACCUGGUGGGAAGCGCCAUGCUGAACACGCCUUGGGAAGCGGAUGGCUACAGCCCUUAUGACCAUACCAUCUUGGACCACCACUUGGGCAACAUCACCGAAUGGCGAAAUGUGGUCCAAAUGAUUCACGAUAGAGGCAUGUACGUCAUUCUCGACAACACCAUGGCCACCAUGUCCAAUCUGUUCGGCUUCGAUGGAUACUACAACUCAAGUACUCCCUGGUCGUUUACCGAGCACAAGAUGGAGUACACCUCUUCCACCACCUACCGCGAUUUCUAUCACUCCAACGAAUUUCACGAAGUUUGCCCUUAUCCCUUCCCCCGCUUCUGGGACCAAGGUGGCAACCAGAUUCUCGAUAACAACACCAACGCCAUGGUUGGCUGCAUGGACAGCGAGUUCAAUCAAUUCGGCGACGUCGGAGCAUUUGGAGUGUACCCAGAAUGGCAAAAGCAGCUCUCGAAAUUCAACGGCGUGCAGGAUCGUUUACGCGAGUGGCGACCCGCCGUGCUUGACAAAAUCAAACACUUCUCCUGCAUGAUGAUCAAAGGCCUCGACAUCGAUGGUUUCCGUAUCGACAAAGCUAUGCAGGUCACUGUCGAUGCCCAGGGCGACUGGUCACGCUUUCAGAGAGAAUGUGCAUCCUCCGUGGGCAAGAACAAUUUCUUCAUCCCAGGAGAAAUCGUGAACGGAAAUGCCGAUGCAUCCAUCUACCUUGGGCGAGGCAAAGAACCAAGCAUGCUUGUGUCCGAUGAACUUGCAGCCAUGAUGGACAAUCAAACCGAGGACUCUGAAUAUAUUCGCCCGGCUGGAUAUCAGGCACUCGAUGCGGGUGCUUUUCACUACUCCACUUAUCGUGCACUUAUGCGUAUGCUUGGACUUGAUGGCAACCUGCUCGCGAGCAAUGAUGCUCCUAUCAAUUUUGCAGCCCAGUGGUCGACGUUUGUUCAGACGAACGACAUGCACAAUGCCAACACGGGGAAAUUCGACCCCCGUCACAUGUAUGGUGUCUCGAAUCAUGACGUCCUGAGAUGGCCUGGCCUUACCAACGGCACAGAGCGCCAACUGCUUGGAGACUUCAUCAUCACCAUGCUCAUGCCCGGCAUUCCACUGAUUAGUUGGGGAGAAGAGCAAGCAUUCUAUGUCCUCGACAACACUGCCAGCAACUAUAUUUACGGUCGUCAGCCAAUGUCUUCCGCCCAAGCUUGGCAAAUGCACGGUUGCUACAAGGUUGGAAACACAAACCUUAACAAUUGGCCACUGAACAGCUCGUUGGUUGGAUGCCAAGACGAUAAAGUCAGCUUGGAUCACAGAGAUACCACGCAUCCAGUCUACACCGUGCUGAAGCAAAUGUUUGAAAUGCGGAACCGUUAUCCAGUUCUUCGCGACGGGUUCAACGUGACGCAGCUUUCCAAUAAUACGUUCAACUACACGCUUCCUGGCUCAUACGGCACGCCUACCGAGACUGGCCUCUGGAGUGUGUAUCGCGGUCGUGUGGAAAGUCUCCAGGACUUUGAAGGCGAUGGUAUCUUUGGCAAUCAAGGCAUCUGGAUGCUGUACUCAAAUUACAAUGGCUCCCGAGAGUAUGAGUCCGACUGUACUGGCGAAGACGCGAUCAUUUCUCCAUUCGACUCGAACACGACCGUCAAAAACAUGUUCUACCCGUUCGAUGAGUGGAGUCUGGAGGAGUCACCUUUGACCCUCAACAUUGAAGGUUCAACCAACCCGAAUGGCUGUCUUCCUCAAAUCAAUUUGACCAAGUAUGGCUGGAAGGCUUUUGUUCCGAAGGACAAGUGGAUGGCGCCUUCACCCGUGGUCACCGGCUUCUCUCCAGGGCACGAUGCACGAAUCCUGUCCAACUCCUCAGCAUCUGAAGCCUCUACUUUCGAGGUUGAGCUGCGAUUCUCAGCCGAAAUGAGCUGUAGCAGUCUUGCUGAUGCACUGUCCGUGGAUUCAACGACUGGGACUGGGGAGAAUGCAGAAAUCGACACUGACAACAUCGACUGUCUCAACAUCGAACCGAUUUACGAAGCUUAUUACUAUGGACCAAGUCCUUCUGUCUGGCGGGCCAAGUUCAACCUCACCAAUCUGUACCACGGUGUCCAUAGGAUCAAUGUCAACAAUGUCUCGAGUGAAGCUGGCGACACUUCCACCAACUCGUAUGACCACUAUAUGAUUCGCAUUGGUGAAGAGAGCAACCCCAUCGUGUUCCCGCUGAAAGGCAAUUACAGCACUUCUCUUCUCUACCACGAUACCACCAGCACAAAGCGUGAUGCAACCAUCACCAGCUCCGGUCUGAUGAUAAACCACAAGGCGCCCGGAGCUGACAAGUGGCGCUUCUCGAUGUCUUUCGGUGCUGUGUGGUCAGAGUGGUUCGACUACACUCACGGCAACGUCUCUCUACCCUCACAGACUUGGCGUGGCAAGGACAACCAGAAGUGGUCUGGUGACCACGUCCAGGUACAAUAUUGGUCGCAGCUUGCUGGCAGCAGCGAUCACGUCGUCGAGGGAGAUGUUGUUGGCUCCAAAACCCCGCCACGGCGAUUUCCUCAUCUCUUCCUCCACGGCUCUUUCAACCAAUUUGGCUUUGACUCUGGCUUGCCGAACGACAUGGGUCAACUCGAUAACGGUACUUGGUACUUCGACUUCAUGGAUGAAUGGCCAUCUCAGUUCCAGGUUAAUGUAUGGGGCAUGGCUGCAAAUGGCAAACCGGACGUAUCGAUGGCCUAUGGCGAUGUCGAUAACGACACAGUUCUGGACCGCAUUUCGCCCGUCUCUCUACAGAAAGCGCAGGUCAACAUUACUAAUGAAGGCCCCAAUGGUACUUACCUUGCUUGGCGAAUUCUGUUCAACGAUGGCGAUUUGCGAUACUACAUGGUCCCAGUCGGAAAUCGAUACCUUCAGCUCGCGCUGUCAAUUCUGCUGGCAAUCAUCCCCGUGAUAACAGCCAUCAUGGGUGUGUGGCUGUACGUGCACUACUUCUACGGUAUCAAGUUCAACGAGAUUGGGCUUUCGGAGAAGAACAGCAUUCAUCCCGUGGCGGUCCUUGGCAAGCUCUUCAAUCGUGAGAAAUACAGCGAGAAAGACACGGUCCUCGACUCUCCUGUCAACUCUGGAGACUCGUCACCUGAUGUUGCGGGUGGUACUAUCAUCCGUGACACUCUAGGCGCUGGCGCUAUCAGUGAAGCGAAGAGAAGGACUGUUCUCAUCGCGACCAUGGAGUAUGACAUCUCGGACUGGAACAUCAAGAUCAAGAUUGGCGGUCUUGGUGUCAUGGCUCAACUGAUGGGAAAGAACCUCGAGCACCAAGACCUUAUCUGGGUAGUGCCAUGUGCCGGUGGCAUUGAUUAUCCUAUGGACACGCCUGGCCUCCCCAUUGAUGUGACUAUUCUCGGACGCACGUAUGAAGUCCAGGUCCAGUACCACAAGCUCAAUAACAUUACCUAUAUGUUGGUCGACGCACCGGUCUUCCGUCGUCAGAAUGCAAAAGAGCCAUACCCAGCUCGCAUGGACGAUCUUGACAGUGCAAUCUACUACUCGGCAUGGAACCAGUGCAUCGCAGAAGCCAUGCGACGUUUCCCCAUCGAUCUCUACCACAUCAACGACUACCAUGGAACAGUUGCGCCACUCUACCUUUUGCCAGACACUGUGCCUUGUGCGCUUUCUCUCCAUAACGCUGAGUUUCAGGGUCUGUGGCCGAUGAGGAAUCCGCGCGAGGUGGAAGAGAUUUGCUCUGUUUUCAACCUCCCGCAAACUGUCGUUCAGCGCUACGUCCAAUUCGGCGAAGUCUUUAACCUUCUCCACGCCGGCGCGAGCAUACUACGCAUUCAUCAAAAGGGUUUCGGUGCCGUCGGCGUGAGCAAGAAGUACGGCAAGCGUUCGUGGGCACGAUACCCAAUUUUCUGGGGACUUAGGAAGAUCGGAGCUCUACCGAACCCCGACCCUACCGAUAUUGCUGAGUGGGACAAGAAGCUCACGGACCCUGACUCUGUACAAAUCGACCAGGUAUUCGAAAGCGCACGUGCAGGACUGAAGCGUCAAGCUCAGGAAUGGGCUGGUCUUGAGCAACGUGCUGAUGCUGAUCUAUUCGUUUUUGUCGGUCGCUGGUCCAUGCAAAAGGGCAUAGACUUGAUCGCAGAUGUCUUCCCGGCGAUCCUAGAAAAGUACGAACACGUCCAACUCCUUGCCAUCGGUCCCACUAUCGAUCUCUAUGGCAAGUUCGCCGCGCUCAAGCUGCAAAGGAUGAUGGAAAAGUAUCCUGGACGCGUCUACUCCAAACCUGAAUUCACUGCCCUGCCGCCCUUCAUCUUCAGCGGCGCUGAGUUUGCGCUCAUACCUAGCAGAGACGAACCUUUCGGCCUGGUCGCUGUCGAAUUCGGCCGAAAAGGUGCUCUCGGCGUGGGCUCUCGCGUUGGUGGACUUGGGCAGAUGCCAGGCUGGUGGUACACGAUCGAGUCUUCAUCUACCAAGCACCAAAUGAACCAGUUCAAGAUGGCCAUUGCCGCUGCUCUCAAGUCUGACUAUGAUACGCGUGCCAUGAUGCGAGCACGAUCUGCGAAGCAGAGAUUUCCAGUCGCUCAAUGGAAGGAAGACCUGGAGAUCCUUCAAUCGACCGCCAUCAAGGUGCACAAGAAGCGCAUGGAACACAUCACUGCAAAACGGAUGGGUCUAGAAGACAAGAGCGGCGUAUCUAGUGGAUGGAACACGCCUGGAUGGAUGACUCCACGUAGUGGUUGGGGCACUCCAGCCGGCAGUAGACCAGGCACUCGCCCAUCUUCGCCAACCAGAUCUGGACCCACCACACCAUCAACAUCUCGUCCUGCAUCGCUCUCACUGGGCAUGCGACAUGGUCCAGGUCACGGCCAUUCUCCUCCCCAUUCAACAACGCCUUCGUCUCAAACGCCCAGCGCAUCUCGCCGCAAUUCAUUUGAAGAUCAGGACCCACGCACGCGCUUGAGCAGCAUCUCGGACGAGGAGUACAUCUCACAGCAGACUGCCGAAGAAUCCAAGCGACGAUCGCAGCUUGGCGGUGUGAAUGAGAUGAACUAUUCUCUUCGAGACGCUACGCUUGCCAACCAGCCCAGGCAGCCCAAUGCUACACAUAGCCCAUACUUCUCCCCAGCUACUCCAAGCGAAACUCCCGGAGGCGCCCACUUUCCCUUCCUAUCGCGACCGCACACUCCAGUGCGAGGUGACGCGCCGAGUAUGCCACAGACGCCUCUCUCCACCGAGACUGUCAUGGACGAGAAGAAGAACCAGCCACAAGAUCUCAUGCCAUUCUUCACCGACCCUACCGGACUCUACUACAAGACGUUUAACAAGAAGCUGGACGCGUUGAGUGGCAGCACUUCAGAGAGCGCUCUGUGCAUUGAGGAGUAUCUGGAGAAGUCUGAGAAACAGUGGUUUGGUCGCCUCCACGAUGUCAAGAUGAGCCGUACUAACACGCCGAACGCUUCGAGAGGCCCGACCCCAGCAGGAUCUAUCUACGAAGGUGUCGAAACUGACGAGUCCGUUGCCCAGUUCCUGCUGCCUGACAACUACCAAGCUCCCACUGGCAUUAAACGUGUCAUGAUGUACAAGUUCGGGGACUGGCCAGUGUACUCCAUCUUGCUCGCUCUGGGUCAGAUUCUUGCCGCCAACUCUUACCAGAUCACGCUCAUCAGCGGUCAAGUAGGUCAGACCGCAGGCCAACUGUACGCAAUUGCAUCAAUCUACCUGGCUACGACGAUGAUAUGGUGGUACAUCUUCCGAAGAUUCGCUGCUGUCUGGUGUCUGAGCUUGCCAUGGGUCUUUUACGGCUUAGCCUUCUGGCUACUGGCGUUCGCACCAUAUGGCUCAUCGACAUUUGCCACAGGCUGGGUGCAGAACGUUGCUACAGCCAUGUAUGCUGUCGCAUCUUCAUCUGGUUCGCUAUUCUUUGCCCAAAACUUCGGAUCACUUGGGUCCGCGCCUGUCAAGGAUUGGGCAUUUCGAGCGUGUGCUAUCCAGGGUACUCAGCAGCUAUAUGUUGUAGGGAUGUGGGCUUGGGGAAGCAAGCUCACGAACCAGAGCAACGCCGGGCAAUCGACCUCGUUGGGAACGAAGAUGACAGCUAUCGGGAUUCCGAUUUCCAUCUUCUUGUGGUGUAUUGGGCUGGUCUUGUUCUUUGGCCUGCCCGACUUCUAUCGCCAGAAGCCCGGUGGAGUCCCCGACUUCUAUUCUUCCAUAUUCCGCAGGAAGAUCGUUGUCUGGUUCCUCAUCGCUGUCUUUGUGCAGAACAUUUUCCUGUCUGCGCCGUAUGGUCGCAACUGGUCAUACCUCUGGAGCUCUAAGCACGCCCCAGGGUGGGCGAUCUUCUUGCUCGUACUUCUCUUCUUCGUCGUCGUGUGGGUCGUACUGCUUUUCCUCUUCGGCCACCUCACGACAACUCACAGCUGGUUCAUCCCCAUCUUCGCCAUUGGCCUUGGUGCACCUAGAUGGUGUCAGAUCCUCUGGUCCAACUCUGAUAUUGGCCAGUAUUUGCCCUGGGCUGGUGGACCAAUCGCAUCUGCCCUUCUCGGAAGGAGUCUAUGGCUAUGGCUCGGGGUACUGGACUCGAUACAAGGUAUCGGCUUCGGCAUGAUCAUUCUCCAGACCAUGGUCCGUUUCCACUGCUCUUUUGCUCUCAUGCUAGGUCAGAUCGUUGGCGCAAUUGCCACUAUUAUCGCUCGAGCAGACGGCCUCAACAGCACGGGACCCGGCCCUACCUUUCCUAAUUUUGCUGGUGGAUGGUCGAGUGGACUCUCGGAGCCUUGGUUCUGGGUGUGUCUGCUGUUCCAACUCGGCAUCUGCGUUGGGUACUUCACGUUCUUCCGCAAAGAACAGCUCUCCAAACCUUAAGACAGGGCUGCAGGCGCGUUUCGAUUCUUGAUACAUUGUUCUGACUGUACAGACUUCUGGAAAGGCGAGGAGUCGCAACUUUGAGGGUGCUUUAAUGAUCUAACGAAGAUCCAUGGUGUUAAGCGAUGAUCUGUUUGGAAUUCUGUAUGGCGCUUCGAGCGCGAGCAAGCGUAGCAUCCAUUUGUGGGGCACCUCUUGGACCAACUGCAACGAGAGGCAUUGUUCAGUCAUCCCGCGAUAGUCUGAAGAGACACAACAAAUAGUGCAUAUAUACCCCAGUGAUCAUAGAGAAUACGUAAGGUAGAUGAAAGACUCGAAGUGCUCGGCUCUUAACAAAC